AUGCCUGGAACAGUCACCCGACUCCAGACACUCAUUGGUGGAUAUAGACCAAAUGGGACAUGGACUUGGAGCGAUGGAACUCCAUUUGACUACAAGAACUUUGCCAAGACUGAUGAUGCAAAACAAUGUCUUCAAUUGUGGUCAACUAAUUCGACAGCCAUCCACCCAAUCAACGAAUAUAAACAAUGGGAUGAUAUUCCAUGCACUGCCAAAUUCGUAAACGCUGUGUGCAAAAUCUCUCUUGGUGGAAAUCAAGGACAAGCAUCAACCCCAGCUCCUGUUCAACCAUCAGCCCCUCCAGCUCCAACUUGCCCACCUACCUGGUACUACGCACAAAAUCUUGGAAAUUGUUACAAGAUGCAGCAAAUGAUUCUGGUUGUGGCUUUUCUCGCAAGCAUCGCCGCUUCCGAUAGCGGAUGGGGUACCAUGACGGCCGCACAAAUCGAUCAAUUCAAACAGUCACUUGGAGAAACAGAUGUUAACAAAUUUGACGCUGCACUUGCGCGGGCUCGUGCUGCGGCUGCCGCUGAAGAAAUCCCUGAGAGCCGACCUGGUGUUGAUGAGCCAAUCAUUGUUCCAAAGACAAAAUCCAAUCUUGCAGAAGACACAAUUUCUCAAAUCAACACAAAGACCGGAGUGGCCCCACAUCUCUACCACGGAGAUAUGAUUCUGACAAAUAAGCAAAUCGAUGUUGUUAUGCCUGCCAGUGGAGCUGCCAGUCGCAAAAAGCGUCAGGCUCAGUGGCCGGCCGAGCUUUGGGCUGGCCGAACUGUCUACUACACGUUUGCCACUGGUGCCGCUGCUCUGAGUGCCAGAGCCAAACAGGUCGCUUUGUUGGGCAUUGAUCAAUGGAGAAAAGCGACGUGCAUCAGCUUUGUUCAGUCAGCCACCGCAAAAAACCGCAUUCGUUUCUUCAAAGGCGACGGCUGUUACUCGAACGUGGGAAUGACUGGCGGAGUGCAGGAUCUCUCGCUCGGCGAUGGAUGUGAAACGAUUGGCCACGCUGCGCACGAGCUCGGCCAUGCGCUCGGCUUCUGGCACACACAAUCACGAUGGGACCGAGACACGUUCCUCAAUGUGAUUCUAGCAAGAAUCCCCGCCCAAUGGAGAGACCAAUUCUCAAAGGAAACCUCUGCGACCAAUCACAAUUACGGAGUGACUUACGAUUAUGGAAGCAUCAUGCACUAUGAUGGAAGAGAGCUCUCUUCAACCAAUCAAUACUAUGCACUCACUAAGCUUGCACCAACAUACCAAGACAACAUUGGCUCCUAUAUUCUCUCUUUCAACGAAAUCGUGAUGAUGAACGCUCACUAUGGAUGCCCAACAAAAUGCACGAGCGGGGCUACUUGUUUGAAUGGUGGGAUCAGAAAUCCACGAGCUUGCAACCAGUGUCUCUGCCCUUCCGGCUGGGCUGGAACCCAGUGUGCGGCUAGGCCAGCCGGUUGUGGAGCCGCGUUGACGGCCACGGCGGCCGCUCAGACGACAACGAUUGCUGCUGGAAGUGCCAGCAUGGGCCAAACGAAUGCUUUCGCUAUGUGCAACUAUUUGAUUAGAGCGCCGGCUGGGAAAAAAGUGCAGAUAGUCUUGACGACGCUGACCAACAACGAGUGUGUGGAUGGGUGUUACCAUGGCGGAAUCGAGAUCAAGGCCAUGUCCGAUCACAGAUACACCGGAAUUCGG